UCCCAAUAUAUUUAAUGUUUAAUUAUUAACCGAGUAAAAGACCAAAGAUGACGUAAGCUGUGGAGAAUCUAGAAUUAUUCGGUUACCCGUUUCAGAUAUUGACCCGAUUCUCUGAUGAUCCGACCCGGUUUCCUCCGCGAAAUUUUUCAGUGGCGGGUAGCUGUCCACCUGCUCUUCUUCUUCCUUGAUCCUUGUCGUAAAUUUUCUACUGAAAUCAGCUCAAUCGGUCCCAUUCCUAGCCCUUUAUCGAGUUUGGGUUUUGAAAAUUUGAGCUUUCCACCAAUCUGAAGUUGAGUAAUUGUUGUGGUUCGUGAAUCUGUCCCCCAUCGUUGAAACUAUUGCCUCUCCGCGAAGACUGGUUUACUCAUUGGAGUUCCCCUCUUUGAAUUCGUCCUCAAGAUGGGUUCUUGGGUCUUCCUAUUAGGAACCUUGUUUUCGGUUUGAGUGCCGUGAGUUGAAUCACCAAUGCGGCCUUGAAAACCUCAAGUUACUUUGGGAUUUUGUAGUAGAGGUGUUUAUGACCUCGUAGAAGCUACCGGAAAUGGUGUCCGUGAGUUCUGCUGAUGAAAGCCUUCGACUUUGCGUGUUUGAUUUGAGGAGAGGUCAAACCGAAGGACAAGAGCUAGACAAGAUUUUGUUCUUUUAUCCUCCCGAGUUAGACUUAUCCACGCAGUUAUCAGUUACAGGGCUCAGUGAAGGGCUUAUUACUUUUACUAGACUUUUCUCUCCGGAGGCAGCUUGUGAGGUAAUAGAAGCAGAAAGACAUUCCCAUAUCUUCUAUGAGGCUGAAUCCGAUAUCUGGAUGGUUAUGGUUGUGGAGAAAAAUAAAGAGACUGGGGCAAUAUGGAGGAUUGAUGCAUUGAGGAGGGUGCUUAAGGAAGUGCACUCACUCUUUGUGAUGUUUCACGGGUCAAUUAGGGCAUUAAUCCAAAAAGAACCAACAGGAGAACUUACCCGAUCACAGUUAUACCCCUUCAUCUCGGAUUAUUUAAGCACAUUUGAAAAGCUGUCUCGCUCGGAAUGCUGCUGCUGUGAUCUUUUUGUUGGGAAGAAACUUCAGCUACCAACUUUCCGUGAAACUUUGAGAGAGCGUGGAACUGUUCAGAUGCUUACUUUAGCAAGGGACACCGCACUUGAAGUUCAGGUUUAUUUCUCCAAAUUAUUUGGACUAAUUUAUUACACACAUAAUAUUUUGGUAUGUGACAAGCAUUUUUUGGAUAUACAGUCUCUUGUUCAAGUACUAGAUUCAUGUGCUGGAAGCUUUAGAUGCCACUCUAUGAUCUUAUUUGAAGAUCUGUUGGUUUCAACAACUGUCCCAGCUGAUGAUACCGUCAACUUAUUUACAUUUGCUGUAAUGAGGUUGACCUCAAAAGCUUUAUCUUCUGAUGGGAGUUCGUGGUCAUAUGUACGGAAGGGGCCUGGUGUAUCUGAAAUCUCUUAUAAAUCUACUUUGGCACCCUUUGGCUCAAUUGAUUCCCUACCCUCAGGAAAUGGUAAUAACAUGCAUCAUGUUAUUAGGCCACUACAGGAUGAUAAGUGGAAAAAAGGGAAAGAUGGUUUUUUAAUAACCGAUAUUUGGGGUCUAGAGACUGGCGGUUCCCCUGAUUCGGCCAUCCCUACAAUAUGGCUUCAGCAAACACAAGAAAGAGUGUAUCUCCUUGCUUAUCAAUAUAAAAGUCUCACCUUACUUCUUCUCAUGCCUAUAAAUGCCAUUGUCAAUGGAGAUCUAAACGUCUCAGCCGUGAAACAAAAAGUUAUUGAAGAUGCAUCACUGAGAAUUUGGAAAAUUGAAGAGAAGAUUUCAAAAGGGUGGGUCGGUAAAAAUGCUUACCAUAUUAAAGGAUAUCGUUACUUAGUAGUUGAUAAUGACAUGGAAGUUUCCAGAGCGUCUCCUACAGGAAAAGUAGCAACGCUUGCAAAGGAGUCUCUACUUGCACUAAACAAGCUUAGAGAAGAAGUGGAUUUAGAAAAAAACCGUGUGAAAAGGCAGGAGAAAGACAUCGAAAUAUGCAUCAGAGCUAAGAACAACGCAUGGGUGAUUGCCCGUCUGACCAGAGGCAAAGAGCUUUAUAUGGCUUUGGAGAAAGGCAGCAACACUCUUCUUGAAACCACAGAUACUGUUGGAAGAUUCAGCAACAGGUAUUGCAGCGGAGCAUUCUUGAUGGACUAAGUUUUGUGUUCUUUCUUCUUUAGUUUUGGGAAGAGGUUCCUUUUAGUUUCAUGUAGUAAGCGAACAAUAGCUCAGAAGAAGUAAUGAGUCCUCUCUCAGCCAUUAAUUUUGUUGUGGGAAGUUAAUUGUGUUCUUGGUUGGCCUGUAGGUAUGUAAUAAUGAUUCCACUUUCGAUCAGUGUGCAAACAAAAUUUUUUUGUUUUUUGCGUAGGAAAGCAUCUUUUUCGUGGUUCUUUA